AUGGUGCUAUCUGUGUGCCUAACAAUCCUUUUGCUUUUAAACAGGUCUUAUGGAGUUGAAUGUCCUAGUGGUUGUCUUAAAGAGUGUUUCUUAUCAAACGUGUGUUCACAAUGCAAACCAAAUUAUGAAGAAAAUGAUACUUUUUGUCGGUAUUGUAAAUCACCAAAUUUUGAAUUAAACAUUUCUCAAAACAAUUUAGCAUUUUAUAAAAUGAACAAUGACUGUUUGCCUAUUGAAUCAAUUAGACAAUUUGAAUAUAAUAUACCAGUAAAUUGUUUGACUCUUCAAAAUAACGACUUGACUUUUUCUUUUGGAAAAGAUGAUCAGUUUGAAUUCCCGUUUUACAUCAAUAAACACAGAAGAGAAGCACUACAAGGCAUUUGGAUCAAAGUACCUCACAACAACGAAUCAUCAGAAAAUCGAUUAUCAUUGACUUUUUCAAAAAUAGUUCAAAAGUCGAAUUAUUGUGAAUUUUUAACAGAAAAAUUUGCAACGCAAAAAAUGAGCGAAAAAAAAUACAAAAUUCGUACUCACAGAAUAACAAGUAAAAAAUUACAAAUUGUUCCACAAAUUGUUAUUUCUCUUUUUACAGAAAGCGACUUGAAAAAUCGAAAAAGUGAUGGACAAAUACUAUUUGAAGGUAAUAAAAAUACAUAUCAGAUUGACUUUAAAAACACGGCCAAAGAAACUGUUUAUGUAUCUGUGAUUUGUUUGAGUUUCUGUGAUACAACGAUGUCACUCACAAAAUUUCAAAACACUGAAAAUUAUACAAAUAAUCAAAUUGCUCUUUCAACCGCUCUUGACUCAAAGACGAUUUUUUUAAAAUGGGAAAACGAAAUAAGUUUUGAAAAAACAACUUGUUUGCCAAACAACUAUGUAAGGGUUUUUUAUAUCGAAAAUGACAUAACUUUUAAAACUGGAAUUUCUAUGAUAACAAUUUUGGGUGACUCAAAAAUUCAACAAAACAUUUUUAUCGCAAAAAUUGAAAAAUGUGUUGGGCUUUUGGGUAUUUUUUUGCCGCAUCAUAAAAAGUCCAUUGAUGUUAGUGUAUCGCACAAAAUUGCCAUUUUUAGCGAUUCAAAUGACAAUUCACAGAUUUCAAUUGAAGUGAAACACAUUUGUAGCAGUGGGUGUGGAGAAGAUGAAAACCGUGGAUAUUGCUCGAUAACGACCGGGGGUUGUGUGUGUAAAGAAGAGUACUUUGGUGAUGGCUGUGAAAGAAAGUGUUUUUUUAACAACAAGUGGAAUUUUAGUGACAAAGAAACAGACAAAAAGUGUUAUUUUGGAACAGCACAUUGUAGUGCAAAAUGUGAGUGUGAAGAUGGGUACUUGAUAUAUAACCACACAUGUAUUAUAUCCACAUGUCUUCACACCUCAGAAUUUCAAAAUACAUCCAAUGAGUGUCUAUUUAAUAGUGUUGGGUGUAAUGAAUCAUGUCAAUGCAACUCAUCCUAUUUUUCAUAUGAAAAUUCGUGUGUAUCAACUUCUUGUGGUAAUGAAAUACUUGAGAUGGGGGAGGACUGUGAUUCUUCGCAACAUUGUUUAAAGAAUUGUAAAUGUGAAAAAGGUUACUUUUUAAUACAGAAAAACAAGUGUGUAUCAUUGGGAAUGGUUGUUGGGAUAUCAAUAAGUUCUGUGGUUGUGUUAUUCAUUAUUUGUAUAACAAUAACUAUCGUGGUCAUCACCAAAAAACACUCUAAAGUGAUCGAAAAAGUCACCGACCAACAACCCGAGUAUUAUAUGUACUUUUCAGGAUCGUCAAAUGUUAUACCCAAUACAGAACACAGGCACAUGAUAUCUCCUCUCAUUUUCGACUUUGGCAACACAACAGAAGAUGUCAAAGUAUUUGAAACUUUGUACCAAAAUUAUGACGUUAGAAACACAUCUCACAAGAAAUAUAUGUUGCUCCUCAUCCACACACCAAACACCCCAAAAUAUGUCUUUCACUUCUCUCCACAGUCAAAUGUCAUUCCUCCCAAUACAAAGAAAUCAUGUAAAGUAUAUAUGACUUUGUACUGCACAACUCAAGUAAAAGGUAUGAAAAUCCCAUACACCAUUUUCUUUUCAAACACUAAGUCGACUCUUUUCAAAAUUUCUGAGUUGCUUAAAAACAAAAGUUUCACCGAUUGGACGUCAUUCGACGAAAAAACAAUGCAAACGUACUUAAAGGAUGUUACUGUGAGAUAUCAUCACUACUUUAUUAUAUCAACCAACGCCGAGUCAUCGACACACAUUGACUUCGAUGAAAUAAAUUUACUCGAAGACCCAAUUGCGGAAGGCGCAAUGGGGAAAGUGUAUUUAGGUCGUUAUCGUAGUCUUCCCGUAGCAGUGAAACAAUAUCGAUGGAGUGGUCUGACCGAGAAUGAAUACUCUUCUUUGAAAAAGUCGGUCAUUAGUGAAUGCAAUUUAAUGAGUAAAUUGCGGAAUCCAUAUGUGGUCAAUUAUGUUGGCUCAGUCACUUAUAUUCCACAGAUCUCAUUGGUAAUGCAGUACUUAGUCCUCGGCGCAUUGAGUGAAUUUCUCCACAACACGUCGCGCAGUUUUUUGCAUUUGAGUUUUAAGUUGAAAGUCAAAGUCUUACUCGACACGUCUAAGGGAAUGACUUUUCUUCACCAAAAUAAAAUACUCCAUUUGGACUUAAAACCCGACAAUUUGCUUGUUAACUCCCUCUUCCCAGACUCGCAAUGUUGUAUCAAAAUUACCGACUUUGGGACAGCCGCAUUACUCUCAAGCCAAAUUGAAGAAAAGGGCCUUGGAACUCCAGUCUACUUGGCGCCAGAAAGCUUCACUGAAGAUGUGUACACAGAAAAGAGUGACAUUUUUUCAUUUGGAAUAACGUGUUGGGAAGUCUUUUAUCAACAAGAGCCAUACAGUGAGUUCAAAUCAAUUUUUGAAAUUAAAAACUUUGUAAAAAGUGGAAAUCGACUUAAAAUUGAUGAAAAAAUGCCAGAGGAACUAAAAAGAAUGACGGAGAGGUGUUGGGAUAGUACACCAGAGAAGAGGGGAAAUUUUGAAGAAUGUACCCAUGUACUUGAAGCUCUUGUAAAGAGAGAAAAGGAGUUUCAAAGACUUGAUAAAUAUGUCGACGAAGAGAAAAUACAAAAAUUUGUGUUGGAUAAAAAUGAAGAACUGCGAAAAAAGAUCAUAACACUUGGGAAUGAAUAA